UGGAAAUGGCGUUUGUUGUUUUCUUUCUUUUCUCAUCCUAAUUUUUGGAGGAAUUACCUCCACUACUUCCAAACCAAAGUCGUAGUACCGAAAACUUUUUCUCUAUAUUUCUCUUUCAGCGAUAAGGAGAAGCAGCUGAGAUGUAGAAGGGGAUGGUGGGGGUAGAUUAGAGGCGGAGGAACCAACUGUUGCAGGCAGUUCCCACGCUCACCUGUGGAGUUGAGGUCGUUCCUAGGAGUCACGGGAGAGCAGUCAGUCAGUCGAUCAGCAGGAGUACGAUACAUAGGAUACCUUCAGAGAGAUGCCAGACAUCAUGGCAGCCCACCGGCAUUCAUUGUCAAAGGCAGAGCUCAGGAAGAGCAACAAGCCUAUAAUGGAAAAGAGGAGGAGGGCCAGGAUAAACCAAUGUUUGGACGAGUUGAAAUCACUCAUCCUGGAAGCGAUGAAGAAAGACCCGGCACGACACGCCAAAUUGGAGAAGGCCGACAUCCUGGAAAUGACGGUGAAGCACCUCCAAGACCUGCAACGCCAUCAGAUGAGAUCCGCGGUGUCAGCAGACCCUUCAGUCAUCUCCAAGUUCCAUUCUGGCUUCAACGAGUGCGCCACAGAGGUCUCGCGCUACGUGUCGACGAUUGACGGCGUGGAUGACGGAGUGCGGCGACGACUGCUCGGCCACCUGACAGGCUGCCUGAGCGGUCUCAACCAGGUGAUCCCGUUGGCUUCGGCCCGGCUGCCCGGGGACGUCAACAACAACGGACACCGCUCCGCCUUCGUAGCCGUGUCGCGGCACAGCCCGCCCGCCUCCCCGGGGUCCGAACUGUCGGUCCAGGUCCCGGAACCUCUGCCCAGUCCGAGUCCUCUCGUCCCUGGCCUGCUCAUGCAGGUACCAAGGCCUUCCACCUCCACCGGCGCUGAUAUGUGGAGGCCUUGGUAGGAUAAGCAGUUGUAUAGAUAGGAAGGAGAGAGUGUUUAUAAUUAAAUUCAACAUGUGAUUUUUUAUAUAGUAUUGGACAGGAUUCAAUGGUCUGUUGUUAUUGAUAAGAUAAGUGUUAUUUUAUAUUUAUUAAGUUUUCAACAAUACUAGGAUAUUAUCGGGGUAAAUACUGUUCGUUUGAACAAUAUCACCCACCAGAUUUUUUCCCUUAAUCAAUUAUUUAAUUAAGGAUACCCACUUUAUGGAGGCUGGGUACCCCAGGAGGGUCUCCUCACCCUCGUUCAACAGCUGAUGUAACGGAAUAAUUAAUAUAUCUGUCAUAAUUCAAACCUGGGAACUUGAGCAUUGGAACUCAGUGCUCUACCACUGAGCCACCCCACUCACCACUCUAUGUAAAACAUCAACUGAAUUUUUCAUUCAUAGAGACACUGAUAUGACAAGUUAGACAUUUAAAAAUUAUAUGUAAAAGACAAAGAAAUUAAUUAUUUAUUUUAACAUUAUAAUAAAUAUAUCUUAUAAGAAGCAAAAUGAUUCAACUAAAUUUUACAAACAUCAAAUUAAAUAUACUGUCAACUUUUAUUCACUAUCAACACUUAAUCUAGUUUGGGAACAUAAACUAAGUUAGCGUGUAAGUUAUAGUUAUGUAGUUUUAGCUUAGACAACUUGUGACCAUGUUCUAUUUUAAAUGAUUACCAAAAACUAAAUAAGUCUGAGAGAUUGAUAUAAUUUGUGUAUUGAAAAUAUGUUUUAUUUAACAUAAAUAAGUAGUAUAGUACUUAAUUCCGAACAUUUAAUGAUUAAAUGAAAAUUUAACACACUAAAAGCAGUUUUUAGAAACAAAAUUGUUCCUUUUUAAAUGUUAUUUCAGAGAUACAUUGUUUGUAUUUUUAAAAUUUGUUAUGCUAAUGAAUAAGUUAAUUAAAAAACAAACCAGUUAUGUGUUAACUGCAGUGUGUUAUGAAACAAAAUUUGAGGUAGCUCAAUAGAAAAUAAUAAAAAAAUACAUGUUUGUAAAUUUAAGUAAAUUGAUUUUUUUUUUUUAAUUGCAAAAUUGUAUUGGUCUCAUGAUUAUAAGAAUAUCAUUGAUUCAAUAUUCUACUUAUAAAUAACGAUUGUUUUCUCAUGAUGCAACUUCUUAAUAAAUGAAGUACUGAAUUGAAAAACAUGGUAUCUGACAUUUUGUUAAAUUGAAGUUUGUACAAAAAAUGGACCCAUCAUUAAGGCUACCUUCAUAGGUUGUUGACACAUUAGGUAGGAAAUUUGUUUCUUAAAGGGUAAUGUUUGUAUUAACAUGUAAAAAGUUUUUGUAGUAAGAUAUGGUUAAUGCCUGUUGAUUGAAGAUACAGCAUUGUAACAAACAAACAAUUUAACAUUGUAGAAUUUUUUAUUUUUUCAGUUACCAUGUUUUAUGAAAUAGUGCCCCAAUUAAUGUAGUAUUUCAUAAAUACAAACUGAUAUCAUCGGGGUGCCAUAUUUUAUUGAUGAACAUAUGGUGAACAAGAUUAAUGUCAUCACAAAUUUUCCCCAGAUAUUAUUAGCAAUUACUAAUAUUUUUUAGUAUCAAUAUAUCAAUUAAUUCUAUUUUAGUAUACUAAAAAUAGAACACUAAACAAAUUGUAUGAAUAGCUAAACAUAAAACGUUUAUGUGAAAUUUACCAAAAUAUUUUAUUUGUAUAGGUCACAUAAUUAGACACAGUACAAAUGUAUAUAAAUAUGUUAUUAUUUUUUUAAGUUUUCAAAUAUAUUAUAUACUGUAAAUAACACUGUAAAUAUAAAGUAGAUUGUUGAUAUAAAUUAGUUAUUUUAAUAUUUAAUGCUCCUGUGAUUAUUGAUUGCUCUUUCAUUGUAUUUUGUCAAAGAAUAAAAAUGCUUUAAUUCAAA